AUGCAGCGCCGCCUCUGCGCCCUGCUCCUGCUGGCGUCCCAGUGCAUGGGCUCGGCCGCCGGGCUCUUCCCCUUCGGGGAGCCCGACUUCUCCUACAAGCGCUCCAACUGCAAGCCCAUCCCGGCCCCGAUGCUGCUGUGCCGGGGCAUCGAGUACCAGAGCAUGCGGCUGCCCAACCUGCUGGGGCAUGAGACGGUGCAGGAGGUGCUGGAGCAGGCCUCCACCUGGAUCCCGCUGGUGCAGAAGCAGUGCCACCCCGACACCAGGAAGUUCCUCUGCUCCCUCUUCGCCCCCGUCUGCAUUGACGACCUGGACGAGAUCAUCCAGCCCUGCCACUCGCUCUGCGAGGAGGUGAAGGAGAGCUGCGCCCCGGUGAUGUCCGCCUUCGGCUUCCCCUGGCCCGACAUGCUGGACUGCAGCCGCUUCCCCAAGGACAACGACCUCUGCAUCCCGCUGGCCAGCAGCGACCACAUCCUCCCGGUCACCAGGGAAGCACCCAAGGUCUGCGAUGCCUGCAAAAACAAAAAUGAAGAUGAUAAUGACAUCGUGGAAAACCUCUGCAAAAAUGACUUUGCCUUGAAGAUAAAAGUGAAGGAGAUUGCCUACAUCAAUGGGGAUACCAAGAUCACCCCCGAAACAAAGAGCAAAACCAUCUACAAGCUGAAUGGGCUGACGGAAAGGGAUCUGAGGAAGAUCGUGCUCUGGCUCAAAGGUGGCCUCCAGUGUACCUGUGAUGAGAUGAAUGACAUCAACGUCCCCUACUUGGUGAUGGGGCAGAAGCAAGCUGGGGAACUGGUGAUCACCUCGCUGAAGCGGUGGCAGAAAGGGCAGCGGGCUUUCAAGCGGUUCUCCCGCAGCAUCCGCAAACUGCAGUGUUAG